AUGCGGUCUCAGGUUGAGUAUCAGCGUAGGGGUUGGUUUGGAGAGCUAGCUUGUAGGCGCUGGGGCAUUGUGGUGGUGAGGAAGAGGCAUACCAAGGAUGGUAUUAAUGAGGUCCAAGGGGAGGACGAAGGAGAUGGGGAGGGAAGCAUCUCUUUGGAAUUGGGAGAUGAAAGCUUUGACAGUGAGAUCAUCCUCCUUAGGGUUAAGAGGGCCAAUGAGCAAAGAUUGGAGGGGGCCAAGACCAGUCCAAUUAUCAUGCCAAAAAUUAACAUGGCAGCCAUCUCUAACAACCCAUCUAAUUCUUUUUUGGAGAGUGUUUUGGACAGAUUUCAUGGAUUUCCAGCCUCUGGCAGUGGUGAACAAGACUCUUCUCCAAAAUUUUCCACAUUGCCAGAGACAUCCCCUUUUGAUAAUCUCCUAUCCUUCACCUACUACCACCAGAGAUGCCCAAUGCUUGAAGAAAUUAUCAGUAGAAAAGUGAAAGAAUGGAUUGCAAAGGAUCACAGUCUUGCCGCCAGUCUCUUGAGGUUGCAUUUUCAUGACUGCGCUGUCACGGGAUGCGAUGCUUCCAUUCUUUUAAACUACGAGGGAAGUGAGAGGACAGCGGAGGCCAGCAAAACAUUGAGAGGGUUUCAAGUGAUAGACGACAUCAAGGCGGAGGUGGAGAAAUUGUGCCCAGCAACAGUUUCUUGCGCAGACAUUCUGACGGCCGCCACCAGGGAUGCCACUGUCUCACUGGGAGGUCCAUACUGGAUGGUUCCCUAUGGCAGGAAAGAUUCCCGAAUUUCAAAUGCAAAAGAUGCUGACAUGGUGCCUAGUGGUAGAGAAACCAUUACCACUCUGCUUCAGUUUUUCCAGUCUCGGGGUCUAAAUGUUAUUGACUUGGUUGUUCUCUCAGGAGCACAUACCAUUGGAAGGACAUCGUGUGGUGCAAUUCAACAUCGGGUCUAUGGCUUGAAUGGAACUGGCAUGCCUAAUCCACCUAUUGAUGAUCACUAUUUGGACUUCUUGCAAAGAAAAUGCAAAUGUGUAUCAGAUCAGUAUGUUGAUCUUGAUGCUACCACCCCAUCCACUUUUGAUUCCCAAUUUUAUGCAAAUCUUCAGAACAAGAUGGGACUCUUAUCCACGGAUCAAAUUCUAUAUUCCGACUCAAGGACUAGACCUAUUGUUAACACAUUAAUUCAAAGCCCCUCUAUUUUCAGACACCAGUUUUCGGUCUCCAUGCUCAAGCUUGGAAACAUUCAAGUCCCCACUGGUCAGAAUGAAGGCGAAAUUCGAACCAACUGCAAUUUUGUCAACUCUAAUUGA